GUAACAAUUCUCAACAACCAACUUUAUUCUCGAUUUGGGAGUAGAUUCCAAACUUUGAUUGACCCUUUCUUUCUUCAAUAACUAAAAAGAAAAACAAAGAAAGCCUACUUGUUUGGUUUCUACUCUCACACUCUAUCACACUUCACUUCACAUCCACAAUUUCUUCUUCAUCUCUCUAAUAUCUCUCUCUCUCUCUCUCUCUCUCCCUCCCCUCCAUGGGUUCUGUGAAGAUGCCUUCCCCGUUCUUCUGGAUCUCCACAAUGGCGCUUUUUACACUGUCGGUAGCUGCUACCGUCCACCAAGUAGGCGACUCUUCCGGUUGGACCACUCUCAUCCCCGUCGAUUAUGCCAAAUGGGCUUCUUCCCAAAAAUUCCAUGUCGGCGACUCUCUUCUGUUUAAAUACAACAACACGUUCCACAAUGUACUACAAGUGACUCAAGAACAGUUCAAAGCUUGCAACUCAUCUUCUCCGGCGGCGUCGUACAACUCCGGCGCAGAUUCCAUCCCUUUGAAAAGACCUGGAACCUUCUAUUUCCUCUGUGGCUUUCCAGGGCACUGUCAAUUGGGGCAGAAAGUGGAAGUCAAAGUUACUUCAGCUUCAUCCUCUCAUUUACCUGCUCCCUCACCAAGCCCAGGCCCAAGCCCAAGCCCAAUGGGCGGCCCAUCUGCAUCUGCUCCCACCCCAAGUGCUGCUUCUACUCCCUCCUCCUACUUCUUCUCUAUGCUUUGCCUCUCUUUGGAAUUUGCUUUGUUGUACUUUGUGGUUGUUUGAAUUUCAAUGCUUCUUCCACUUGCUGUGUUGUUUGUUCUAGCUUUAUAUUAUUGUACUUUGAAUGUUGGAGCAAGUUCUAAAUGUUGUUGUUUCUUGUUUGUAUCAUCAUGCUAUGUAUUUCGCACCUAAUUUGCUUGUUUGAUGUUACUUGUUACCCAUUUGCUUUUUAGACUGAAUCAACUGUUGUAUAAGCACUUCAAAGACUGUGUAGCUCAAAUCUCAUCUAGAGCCGAUUACGAUGGAGUUUACUAUAAUGUUAUAAUGUAAUAAGGAUUACUAAGAAUAGAAAUACUAUGUUUGAAGUGCA